CUUGUGUUCCAGCAUCUGACCAAACACACCAAGUUCGUGCGCGACAUGAUCCGCGAGGUGUGCGGUUUUGCGCCCUACGAGAGGCGCGCUAUGGAGCUGCUGAAGGUGUCCAAGGACAAACGUGCCCUCAAGUUCAUCAAGAAAAGGGUGGGAACUCACAUCCGCGCCAAGAGAAAGAGGGAAGAGCUCAGCAACAUUCUGGCGGCGAUGAGGAAAGCUGCUGCCAAGAAGGAGUAGCCUGUAUUAUGACGAAUAAAUUUGUGUGUAAAAACAA